GUUAAUAAAUCUAUCGUCAAAUAUUGAUAAUGAACGUUAUCAGCGUUACGAUAACGCUGAUAACGAAAUAAAAAAAUAAAAGGAUAAAAAAGGAAGAUGAAUACCGCAUGUGUUAUAUAAAUCGAACAGAUAGGAUAAAUUACUGUAUCAAUAUUUAUUCAAUUUUUGAAUUUAAAAACUCCUCUUUACUGUUCAGUUCAGUUUCAUUUCAGCGUUUGGUAAAGCACACAAGCAGAUCGUCAUGAAGAAGAAUAUGAAGUCCGAAGAAUCGUUGGACGAUCUUAACUCAAGGGCUGUGGAAAUCUACCGCGAGUAUCUGCGGAUACCGUCGGUGCAUCCGGACGUUAAUUACGAGGAUUGCGUAACGUUCUUACUGAAACAAGCCGAUUCUCUCCAAUUGCCGAUUCACGUUCAUCGUGUACGUCCCGACAAACCGGUGGUCGUCAUCACAUGGGAAGGGACCGACCCGACCAAGUCGUCGAUCCUCUUAAACAGUCAUAUGGACGUUGUGCCGGUCUUUGAGGACGAAUGGACUUAUCCGCCGUUCGACGCGCACAUGGACGCGCAGGGUGACAUAUAUGCUCGCGGCGCUCAGGAUACGAAAUACUUAGGAAUACAGUAUCUAGAAGCGAUUCGCAGACUCAAGCUGAACGGUCAACGUCUCUCGCGAACUGUUCACGUUUCCUUCGUGCCGGACGAAGAGAUCAACAGUGCUUUAGGCAUGAAGGAGUACGUGCAUAGCGAGCACUUCAAAUCCUUGAACGUUGGCUUCGUGUUGGAUGAAGGUUUAUACUCCGAAGAUUCAAAAGGCUAUUUAGUUUCUUCUGAUGAAAGGACGAAAUUAGAAUUGAUAAUAACAUGCAAAGGCGUCACUGGGCAUGGCUCGCUUAUGCUGGAUGACACAGCUGCAGAAAAAAUGAGGUUCAUCAUUGAUCGCUUUAUGGAUUUCAGAGCGGCUGAGAGAGCUAAAUUGCAGACUGUUAAUGCGUUAAGCAACGGUUAUGUGACAUCUGUGAAUCUCACUGUCCUCAAAGGCGGUGUGCAGAUUAACGUUAUACCUGUCGAGCUUACAGCCAUGUUCGACAUUCGUCUGCAGCCUCAAGAGAAUCCCGACGACUUCGAAGCUCUCGUGAAACGCUGGUGCGAGGAAGCCGGACCGGGCGUAAGCUAUUUCUUCUGUUUGAAAAGUCCCAAAAUCAUGGGAACAAAAACCGACGACUCUAAUCCAUUUUGGGUGCCCUUUAAAAACGUCUUUUCUGAGAUCGGUAGUGAGCUCAAGCAAAUCAUUCUUAUGGCUACCACGGAUGCUCGUUUUUUACGUGAGCUGGGCAUUCCUGUCUUGAAUUUCUCGUCAAUAAACAACACGAAAGUUCGCGCACACGCCGCCAACGAAUAUUUGAAUAAGGAUGUGUUUUUAAAGGGAAUAGAACUAUUUACCAAAAUAAUACCGGCCAUUGCGAAUGUUUAAACGCUAACGGGCUGUAUGUAGUAUUGCUGGUUUUGAUCUGAACUGUCAAAUUUUUAAGAAUCUUCAGUCAAUCCAAACAUUAUAGUUUUUUAGUUAUACCUAAUAAAUAUAAAGUGAAAUUUAA